CGGACAGCGACGGCGACCGCGUGGCCCGCAGCAGACCCGGAACCGCGUCCGCGUCCGCGUCCUCUCGUCGCUAGGCAACCGCCGUUGGUCCCGCGGCCUGGCGAGCAGACGCCGCCGGGGCGCCGCGCCGAGGACCCCGGGGAGGGCGCCAUGGACCUGGUCAUCACGCAGGAGCUGGCCCGCGCCGAGAGCCAGCAAGACGCCGCCGCCCUGCGGAGAGCCCACGAGCUGAUCCAGGCGGCCGACCUGGGGAAGUCGGAGCUGGACCCCCGGGAGAGCUUCAGCCCCGACCUGUUCGUCCUGUGCGCCGAGCAGGCCCUCAAGAUGGGGCAGCCCGAGGUGAGCGAUGACUGCAUCCAGAUGUACUUCAAGGUGAAGGGGCCAGUCACGCAGUUUCUGGGCCGAGCCCACCUGUGCCGGGCCCAGCUGUGCGCCCCGCGCUCCACGGACGACCUGGAGGCGUUUGAGAACUGUGUGACUCAGUACAUGAAGGCCAUAAACUUUGCGAAAGGAGAGCCGAGGUAUCACUUCCUGGUAUACAACGCCUCCGUCCUCUACUGGCAAAUGGUGAGGCCCUUUCUCAAGCCCGGAUACCAUCACUACCUGAUCCCCAGCCUCUCCCAGAUCGUGAACGUGCUGAGUCAAAUCGAGGAAGAAGACAAGGAGUGGCGUGCGGAGCUGAUGCUGGAACUUCUUGAGUGUUACCUGCAAGCUGGAAGAAAGGAGGAGGCUGCUAAGUUCUGUUCCACCGCGGCGCCCUUCAUAAAAUCAAACGUGCCACAGAAAUACCGGCAGAUAUUCUCUCUUAUGGUUCGUCAUGAAUUAAUGGAUGAACAUCAGUUAAAAGAAGAAAAGAAAAAUUCCAUUAGCCUUUCUGUCUCUUUCCUCAUUAAUAUGCUAAAAGCAAAAGUGGAUAAAAAUGAAUUACCAGAAGAUGUCGACAGUAUUCUGAAAACGGCCUAUAGACAUUUAAGUCAUUACAGUCACCAGCGCUUUCCUUCAAUCAGAGAAGAAAAAAUGCUGUUGCUUUUUGAAUUGGCUCAUCUUUCUCUGACCCUGAAACGUGUGGACAUCUCCUCUGACUGCCUCUCAGACCUGAAGAAAAUCGGAAGCAAGGCUCCUGGGAAGCUGAUUGAAAUCGAAUGUCUGCAGUACGAAUUAGAAGCUUCAGCACUUGAGAAUAAAAUGAAACUCUAUAUCCGAGCAGCUGUUGAGGCCCAGCUGGACAUCAUCCGGGGGCUGGACGUCCUGCUGCAGCGCGCCGUGCGGCUGGGCGACGCCCGGGUCAUCCACGUGGUGUGUGCCGCGCAGUGGAACGCCUGCCUGCCGCUGCUGCAGCACAACCUGCGGCACCACCUGCGCCAGCCGCUGGCCAGUCUGGCGGGCGUCCUGGAGAAGAUGGACAGCCUCCUGAGCCUGCUGCGCUGCCAGGUGCACAUGGAGAUGGCCCACAUUGAGGAGGACGAGGACCGGCUGGAGCCCGCCCUGGAGCACCUGCACAAGGCCCAGCGCCUCGACAGCCUGGGCCUCUACCAGGACAAGCUGCAGAUGGCCAUCAACCGGCUGCACCUGUGCACCAUGCUGUACCAGGUCCCCGAGCGCGCCGAGGACAAGGCCACCAUGGCCAUCGAGCAGGCAAAAAAAUCCAUCCUGAAAGACAGCGUCCGGCGGGAGCGGGCCCUGCUGGUGAACGCGGGCCUGGCCCUGGCCCCCGACGCCUUCCAGAUCGUGCUCGACAGUGAAAACGAGGCCAAAGUUUCCACCGGGAAGAACCAGGGCCGGUUCAGCUUCCUGGCCGCGAAGGCGCGGCACCACAUGGCCAGCGUGGACAAGGUGGCCGGGCACUUACGGCGCUUGGGGAACGAGAACGACAAAGAGAGGAUCCAGAUCUGGGCGGAGCUGGCCAAAGUGGCGCGGAAGCAGGGCGUGUGGGAUGUCUGCCGGGCGGCCAGCCGCUUCUGCCUGCUCUACGACAGCGCCAAGGUGAAGAAGCCGUGGCAGCUGAGGAGAGGUCGGAAGAGGCGGGGCUGGGAGGGCUCCGAGCACGAGGCCUCGGGCCACUCGGAGGUCUCGGUGCCGCGGCAGGUGGGCAGCGACCUGCUGCGGAGGUUUGCGGAGGUCGGCUUCAUCAGCGCCGAGGCCACGGUGCACCUGCUGCGGUCAGAAGGCGUGGCGCUGAAUGACCCGCCCAUCCCCCCCGAGGACCUGAGCCAGCACCCGGCCGGCUACGUGCCGGAGCCCCCGGAGGCGAACGAGGACUGGAUCACGUACAGAACCUGGAUUGAAAGCCUGUCCCAGUAUGCCACCAACAACUGGCUGCGCUCUGCGGACAUCGGGCAGGAGAUCCAGGAGGCCUGGGUGGUGCAGAACGCCGUGGUCUACGUCCUGAACCACAACCGCCACCUCAUCCAGGCCGGGCGGCAGAAGGAGCUCGUGGACAGCUUGCACCAUCUCCUGAGCACCGUCAGGGACACCGGCCACGGCGGGGACCCCGAGAUGCUGGCCAUGCUCUGUGACACCCUGGCCCGCGGCCUGGUGACCGGCUGGAUCCCUGCCCAGGUGUUGGAGAAGUCGAGAAGGGUCGUGCGACCGAACGUCUUCCACACCCCCCUGGACUCGGGAGCCACCUCUGAGAUCAGGAUGGCGGUGGAGGUCUGUGAGUUUGCCCUGAACCUGACCAACGGGAGUGUCCCUGAGGAGGUGGUCCCCACGUUUGCCUGGCAGCGGCUCAUCGCCACCUGGGUGAAGGCCAAGCAGCUGCUGCAGCAGCAGAUCGGGCCACGGCUGGGCACCGAGGAGCAGGUGGGCAGCUCCGCCCCCGGCACCCACAGGCUGACACGUGCUCGACCUUCCAUCCUGCAGGGCACCAGCGAGGACAUCGGCUGCGUGACCAGGGUCCUGGUGGCCUUGGAGAUGUACUCGUGCAACGGGCUGGGCCUCAUGGACUUCACCGUCCCUCCGCUGGCCCAGCUGGUGAAAAUGGCCUCCGAGUGCAACUGGCCAGAACCCCUGGUGGAGCUGCAGACCCUGACGCGGCUGACACACUUCGCCCACGCAGCACGUGACCACGAGAUUGCCAUGGCCUGCUCGCACAAGGCCGUCCAGCUGGGCAUCAAGUACCUGCGGACCUUGGGCCCGGUGGAGACCCGGCUGGUGGCAGAGAUGCUGAGCAGGGCCACCUGCACCCAGGGCAGGAGCAUCGUGGAGACCCUGAAGGGCCGCAAGCAGCUGCGGCUGUCGGCCGCCAAGGCCUUCCUGGACAGCGCCAGGUUCGGGGGUGUCGCGGGCAGCAGCGCCCUGGUGAUGCUGGCCGCACGGCACUACUGGAACACCUGGCUGCCUCUGCUGUCCUCUGCGGCCAACAGGAGGAAGGCCAAGGCCGGCGUCCAGCGGCUCAUCGGCAUCAUCAACAGGACGGAUGCCCGGAAGCAGGAACAAGGGAAGACCCUGCUCCUGCACCAGUGGCCCAGCGCGGACUUCCAGGGCGGCGGGACCACCGAAGGCUACUUCCUCCCAGGGGCCGAGGACGACCUCUCGCUCCGCGCUGCUCUGUACGGGCUGCUGUUCCACAGCCACGCUGACCAGGACGACUGGGAGGGGGGCCUCAGGGUGCUGGAUGAGGCUGUGCAGGUGCUGCCGCGGACGGCCCACCGCCUCUUGAUCUUCAAACACAUGGUCAUCGUGAAGGCCAAGCUGGGCCGGGAUUUCUCGAUGGAGAUACAGAAGUUCAAGGACGAGAGCGAGGAGUACCUGGCGCACAUGUGGCACCGCCUGGCCCUGAACUCCAAGAACGUCUACGGAGAACUCACCUGCUACCACAACACCAUCCAGGCCUUGCAGAAGCCGCAGAGCGAGUGGCAGAAGGUCGACUGCAUCCUGGAGUUCAGCGAGUGGCUGUACCACAGGCAGUUUCCUCUGGAGGAUGUGGUCUUCCACCUGCAGUGGGCGAUCGAGAUCCUGCUGGCCAUGAAGCCCCCCCAAGCCAGCCCCGAGCCGGAGCCCCAGCCGGAGGAGGAGUGCGUGACGGUCCAGACGCCCCCCGGAAGUCCCGCCCCCAAGGACGUGGCGAUGGCGUCCCUGGAGCGGCUGUGCAGCGUGCGGCAGCUGGAGACGCUGGCCCGCGCCUACACCGUGCUGGCCCUGGUGGUGUCGCCGGCCAGCACCCGCUACGCGGACUACGCCCUGGUGGCCUACGUGCUCCUCAGGCACAUCUGGCAGGUUUCUCUGACGACAGCAGGAAAAUUAAUUCCAGAGAAUAAAAUUCCUACAGCAGUGAGCUCACACGUGUCGCUGCCUAAAAAAGAAAAGGAGAAAAGUAAAGAAAAGGAGAAGCCCGUGGAGAAGGAGAAGCCCACACAGAGGGAGAGGCUGAAAGAGAAGGAGAAGCUGCGGGAGAAGGAGGAGAAGGAGCACAGCAAGGAGGCCAAGCAGCACACUCCCAGCAGAGGCCCCGAGGUGCUGCCGGUCAGCGUGGAGGAGUGGGCCUCCUACGCCUGCCCCGACGAGGUGCUGUCGGUGCUCAGACAGGACAGAAGCGACGCGACCGUCAACUCUGCAAGCGUCCAGAAUCCGACGUACACUCUGUAUUACCUGGACCGCUUGGUCACCAUCCUGCAGAAGAUGUCCCUUCAUGAGCUCACGGUGCCCGUCCUGCAGCUGGGAGUCCUGAUUUCAGACGCCGUGGUGGAAAGCAAGAGCCUCGCGGACCUCUACCACCUCCGACUCGCCCUGGUGUGUUCCGAGUUGAAGCUGAGGGAAGCAGCCACCUACCACGAGGAGGCCGUGGGGAACGUGUACAUCGGGGACCUGGAGCAGGCGAGCUGCAGAAAAGAGAUCGCAUUCAAGAGAGAGAAAAUCCGGGACCCCGUGCUAGACGCCAGCCUGCCGGCGCUGGGCGAGCAGACGGCCCCCGCCGCCCACGCCAGGGUGAAGCCGCAGGUGGUGAAGGACCAGAUCCUGCAGAGGAACACAGAGACAGGCCGGGGCCUGGACGGAACAGCCUUCCCCCGGCUGUGGAUGCUCAAAGGGGAGGUCCUGCUGCAGAUGCACCUGUUCCAGCCCGCACGGCUGCUGCUGGCCGAGGCCCUCGGGGCCUUCCAGGCCCUGGAUGAGCCAUGUGCCGAGUCCAGGUGCCUGCUCCUCCUGGCCCAGCUGGCCCACCAGGAGAACCAGCACGGGCAGGCGCAGAGGCUGGUCGAGGAGGCCCAGCGCCUGGGCGGCAGCGAGGAGUUCUGGCACCAGUCCACCCUGACCCUGGCCGAGGCGCUCCUGUCCACAGAGGACACAGGACAAGAAGCCACGGCUUGCCACCUGUUCCAGAAGCUCAUCGGCACCUUCAAAGCCCUCAAGAGAGAGCAGCCCAGCCGAGCACCCGGGCUGGACUUCCUCAUCACGGACCUGAAGGCCAGGUGCCUGAGCCUGCAGGUCAAGGUUGCCCGGGAGUCGGCGGACAACGAACCGCUCAAGGGCUCGAUGUCGCUGCAGGAGAUGGACAAUCGCUUGAUGGAAAUUGAGAAAAGAUUUAUCAGUUGUGGCUACAGAGAGAAUUGUGUUGACGUAAAACUAGAGCGCGCCCAGGUGAAGAGGUUGUGUGCCCGAAAUGAGAAAGAUGAAGAACAAAAAACUGCGUAUUACUUGGAAGCACAUGACUUGGCCCAGAGAGCGGUAGCCGAAGAAGAAGAGAGAUAUCAUAGGAUUCAGGGUUUAUUGUCCCUUCAAGGUUUGCAGAACGUCAACACACCUCUGAUGCGGAAGCUCGCCCAGCGCAAGCUCAGCCUGGCGGAGGCGUCUCUGGACACGCUGUGGUUCAUCUGGGAGGAGGCGCUGCCGGAGCAGCUGGCGCGGGGGUCGCUGGGGAAGCCGCUGGCAGACUACCUGCAGAGCACCAGUGACUGCACUUCCGUCGGCUUGCAGUGGCUCAUGCUGAAGCGCACCCUGGCGCACACGGUGCUGGUGCAGCUGGAGAGCGCGCAGCCGCUGUGCGCCGGCUGCGUGGAGAUCCGCGCCCGGCUGCUGGGCCUGGCCGGGAGGGCCCUCCACCUGCUGGCCGUGCAAGCAGACCCCGUGCGCCCCGCCUGCUACUGGGAGGAGGGCCUCGUGGUGGGCACUAAGCUGAGCAGCGUGAAAUCCCUGCAGCUGGAAGUCGAGGAAGACAGUGUCGCCAAGCCCAGCAGGGACCUGCUGGCCUUCAGAGCGGCCCCCGGGAGGCACAGCAGGAAGGGCGAGGCCCUGAAGCGGAGGAUGGUGCUGGCCCAGCAGUUCCUGGCGCAGGCGUCCGAGGUGCUGAUGCAGUGCCUGCAGCUGGCCCUCGGCAGCAACCUGCUGGACGUCGCGGCAGCCGCCAGCCUGGAGGUGGUGGAGUGCACCGGCAUCCUGGACCCGGCAGCCACCUGCCAGUUCCUGGCCCUGUCUCAGAGCUGCUCGGCCUCGGAGAUGAUGCGGGAUGUCCUGCUCACUGCCACGGCCAACACCAGCAGCUCGCAGCUCGCGGCCCUGCUGCAGCUGCAGCACCAGCUCCGGCGCCAGGACGGGACCUCCAGCAGCCUGUUUGCCAGCGUGGAGCACGGGCUGGCUGCCGUUUCCAAGGCGUGGCAAAACCUCUGCGUCACGGAGCAACAUUUCAACUUCCUGAACGAGAUUCCGCCUACGAUUCGGAUCGUCCUCCUGCACCUCUCACGGGACAGGUCCCGUCUGUAUGGCGCCGCCUACGAGAAACCCAGGUCCUUCCCCACAGCCAAGGGAAAGGUGCUGCCCAUGGGUGGCCACUGCAAGGUGACGCGGCUGGCCGUGAGCCCUGCUGCCCUCUCACACCUACUGACCUGCGCCAGGCGGUUCCCAGAGCCCCAGGCCGAGGUGGACGUAGAGGACCCAGCCCUGAGCCCCGGCGUGGGGCCGGGGGACGUGCCGGCCGCGGCGGACACGCGCAGUCCGCGGAGGGUCUCCAGCAUCCUGCAGCCCCUGGAGGAGUACCUGCGGCGGCUCCUGCCCCUGCUCAGCUGCCCCGAAGCCAGAGUGCAGGUGUCCCCAGCUGUCGCAGACUCCGGGAAAUCCAAGGGCAAAGACACAGAGAAGAGACUGUCCGCAGGACUGAUUCCGCCGGACGCCCCAGAUAAGAUGAUCCUGAUCGCCGACCGGCACCUCCUCGAGCUGCCGCUGGAAGGUCUCUCUGUGCUGGAGGAAGGGAUGGUGUCCUCUGUGUCCCGAGAAUUUUCUCUCCAGAUGUUGUGGAAUCGCCUCCGCCGGGAAGAGAUGGACGGUGGCACGAGGAAGGAGGGCCGCGAAUCCAAGAGGAGAAGCCUCACCAGGAAGGGGAAGAAGGGCAGCAUCCGCCGGACGAUCCCCACCGACUGCACCGUCGUGGACGCGGACAACAUCAAGUUUGUGGUGGACCCCUACGAGGAGGCCCGGGGCCCAGAAACGCUGACUCCUGUCUCUGUGACGCGGGAAAUUUUGGAACGAUUCCGAGACACGUUCACUUCGCGAUGGGUGGGACAUCUGGGGACCAGUCACUUUCCCAGCCAGGCGCAGUGGGAGCAGGCCCUGGGCAGCUGCAGUGGCUUCUUCUUCUACGGGAUGGAGAACUUCCUGUCCCACAUAGUCGUGGAAAGAUUGGUCGCCAUGAACUUACAAGACUGCCGCUUGAUGGUCCUGCUGGACAGGACGCGGUCCCACGACAGCCUGCGGCGGCAUGUGGAAAGCUCGGAGAACAAGAGGUGCCCGGGGUGGCGGCACGUGAGCCACGGACGCGCUCCCCUGGCGAGGGUGGGGUGGGGCGGGAGGGACAGCCGCCCGGAACCCCCAGCAGGAGCUGCCCCGGGAGCAGGGCCUGUGCUCGGGCGGGUGGAGGGGCAGCUGCAGCCUGGGAGGCCCCGGCUUGGCUGGAGCUCAGAGCCGGGUCCUGCCAGGGUUGGUGGGCGGCAGCCGGGGCGGAACCUGCUCCAGCGACCCCGUCACACGCUGCUUGGGGCCUCUUCCCGGGGGUCUGUGCCCAGGGGCUGGGAGUGCCCGGAAGGAUUCGGCAGCUCUCUGAAAUGCCGUUUCUUGUUAAUGGCAUUUGACUCGGGAGCUGUCAGUACACACGUGCAUGCCAACCGCGGGCGGGCGGGCGCAGCGCGGGCUGUGGACGGGGAGGGCGGGGGAGGCUUGGCCUGUCCUAGCAGCAGCCCGCAGGAGCCGGGUCCUCACAGCCCGUCCCAGCUGUCCUUGGAGGCGCCCAUCGAGACCGCCAUCCUCCUGAGCCUGGUGGGAGUCCGCAGCAUCGUGGCAAACCAGUGGCCCACACGGCUGCAGGACAACGCCUGGCGGGCCGGCGUCCUGUGGGAGAAUCUGCUCACGUGCGGCAAGUCAGUUGGGGCCGUGGUCCGUCUGCUGCAGAAGACGGGAGGCGACGAGACGGCUAACCGAGACGAGGCUCCGCACACCUCGCGGGACAGGCCCGCGCUCCACCUGCCGCAGCCCAGGAGGUCUGAACUGCUCCCCGCUGCCCUCAACUUGGUCCUCUAUGGGCUGCCAAACCAAGCCAUCGGGUAGCCGGUGGCAGCUGGCGGCGCCUGGACCGUGUCCGAGGGCCCCUGCCUCAGCGCUUCCCUGUGCCGUGGCUCUGCACCGAGGACCCCACGGCCCACCCGGGGCCGCCUCCCGGCCACGCCCAGGGCAGCCACCUGCCCCAUCUCCUGCUCCCGGGGGUCUGCGGGCAGGCGGGGGCGCCAGGCAGCAGGGCCCACUUGUGGCCGCCUGGACCCAGAGCUGGUCCCUGCCCUGUGGGCACCUGUGGUCCGUCGGGGCAGAACUGCGGCCGCUGCUGGGGUGGGCUGGCCUCCCCUGCCACGAGGCUGCCAGUGCCUUUCCCUGGGGACGAGGCCCCCGCCUGGGUGCCCAGCGGGCAGCUCCUCGCGGCACUCGCCGGUCCUAGCGUGCUGCCCCUUAGACUAGAAAAACCGUCAGGACCACAGUUUGUUUUGAGCUGAGAGUUCCAGUAAACUACAGAAACACGUC